AGGUGAAAAUGCAGGUUUACCUCUUUCUCGAGAGACAUUUAAUAACUGAAAGACUGCAAAAACGGUUUCAUUGAUUACUGCUCAAGGAAUACACAUCCUUUCUCCUGUUAUCGCCCCUGGCUCUCUUUCUAGUUCGGUUGAUUGUUUGAUGUACGUGUUUGCUGCUAGAGGCCUAAGAAAGGGUAUGAUAAGAAAAUACGAAGCUUAAAAACGAAGAAAAUGCGAUAGGAAAAGAUUGGAAAUAAAGGACACUUCUUGUACAAAUUAAAGGAAAAUGCGUACUAUGUUUCUUUUUUCAAAGGUUUGCCUGUCUGUCUAAUCUGUAGUGCAUACAGAAGAAGAUUCGAAAUCUCUUCCACAAAAGCCACAAACACGUGCUGAAAUUAGUAUUUUAAAGUGCCUCGGACAUAAAAAUUUUCAGAAACAUAAAAGUAUAACCCCCAACCCCCCCCCCCCCCUCUCCAGAUAUUUAUGAGAGCUACGUUAUGCUCUUGCCUUUCUGCUCUUUGCCUUACUUCCCAUAGGUUUAGUUACCAGGCCACUGGCCAUUUUGUCGUUAGAUUUUGGAAGGUUUAAGUCCCCAGUUGCUAUAGAAUUGUCACUGCAGUAUGAUUUAAACAUGAUAUAUGAAAAGCUCGACCUUCUUUUGCUUGAAGAGCAAUUUUUCUAUUUCGUGUCAGGGGCAGUUCAAUAACUCUUUGAAGAGGAUUAGUGCAAAAAUUAGGUACCCUAAUAACAGGACUCGGUGUAUGUUCAUUUUUAUGUACGAAGAAUGAGUACAUAUAGCAGUGGUGGGGAACCCUGUAAGUAAGUAACUAGCUAACCAACGAAGUGACACGGUUUCUGCUCAUAUUACGUACCAGAAAUUUUUUUCGUACAUAGCCGUUGGACCCCUUUGUUUACUGAUAUAGACGUAGGUCUGGCCCUUUAGCAGCUGCAGAACCCUCUUACAGCACUGGCAAACGCACUUGAUUCGCAGUGCUUCCUGGCUGUUUAAUUGUAAACGUGCUUCCUGGCUGAUUAAUUGUCAACGUGCUUCCUGGCUGAUUAAUUGUCAACUUCUCUCGGUUAAAGAAGAAUUAUGGAAAUAGGUUUAGUGCACUUUAUUCACUUGAGAGCAUCAUGAACUUUCGUUGUUAAAAGGGAAAAUGUCUUGUGAUUUUUUGUAGUCUUGGAUUCAACAUGCGCAUGAUGUGUGUAGCGAAACAGAACUAUGGCCUACAAAAGCUAACAGGGUAAUAUUGUAAACAAUUUUCAUUCAUUGUUUUUCAGCUUGCCAUACAGCUACUUCUAUUCCACUAAAAACUCCAUAAACAUAACUCUAUCGAAAGUGACUUUAUGAAAUCCCGAAGGCUAGUAUUUUGAAACAACUUUUGUUGGCACGUUUUGGAUAAUGCCCGGAACUCGCUUCCAACCAUCGUUCAGAAGGCAUUUUUAAUAACACUAUCUCAUCGAAUCUACACUAUUUCAUAAUGACACUAUUUCAUAUGUUUUCCUCAAAUGGAGAACAACUAAAUUAAUUUGCUCGAACAUAAGAUCUAUAGUCUUAAGGCUCUAUCCAAAACUGUGCAAUUGUCCAAAACGCAGUAUCUGUUUCCACAGUCCUACUACUUAGCCGCCAGUUUAAGAUCGAUCUGGUUAUUCUUUUUAUAUCACGUGAUACGAAAUGAUGCGAAACGUCCUGGAUUCAUUGGUGUGAAGAAAGAGAAGGAGGGGUCACGGAUUUGGAGGGGUCACGGAUUUGUUCAAAGAUUAUCGUGCGGGCAGGCUGUCUAAUAGCAAUGGAGCGCUGAUCUUCUUUGUAACAAAAUCUUUUUAUUGGCAACUUUUUGUAAAAGGAACAUAAAAGCAUUGCCUGAAGAUAUUCUCGUUAGAAAGUAAAUCAUGACUACAUUCAAAAACCAUAACUUCUGUCCUUCACAAUCAAUGAAGUUUCUCUUCCAAUUUUGGCUUCUAUCGUUGUUGCUGUUGCUGUUGUUGUUGCUGUUUUACAUCUUUAACGAAAUCAUUGGCUAUUAAUUUUUUUGCCCACCACGAGAGGUAGAUUGUAAAGGGAAGUUGGUAGAGAUAAGUUAUAGCAAAAGUAAUGAAUGUAUUUAUUCCGUAGCAGAAAAGCUGUGAUUAAAUCCUGAGUGGCUUUGAUCAACAUGCUUUCUAACAGCUUUGUCUUCCGACAUUCAAAGGCCAUUUUUGCUCUGAUUUUGCUUUUUUGUUUGAAAAUGAGCUUGAGAUGAGAAAGACUGGAAGAUAAACUCCUUUUUGGAUUCUUAGUGCGAUUUUAAUUGCUUUAUAUAGAAGCUGGUGCGCUAUAGUACCGCGCCAAAAAAGAAUCGAGAAAGCACAAGUGAAUAUUCAGUAAAGAGAAUCAAAGAUGGCUUUGAGCGACCAGCAGGCAGUUUUUUCGAAAAGCCAAAAGCUACUCCUUUAAAAUAUUAAAACAUUGAAGGAGUUAAAACAUGGUGUUCACGCUGAAGCAGCAAUAGACCAUAAGGCUCUUCAACUUGUAAGCCAAAGAAAUGGUUUCACCGAGAAUCCGAGUUUGAGAAUGCAUGAUAGCAAUGACAUGUAACACCGAUUUUGUUUUUGCAUGUGAACUUGAAUCGUGCUGUGAUGCUAGCGAUAACAGCAGCAAGUUUAACCUUAUGGUGCAAUAAAGAAGAAGCUUCUCCAAGAAAAGAAGAAUUCAGCUGUUUCGGAAACGUCAAAAAUGUAAGAAUAUUUCUUUUGAAAAAACUUCUGUUGAAGUGAGUAAUGCUAAAAGAUCAGAUGCACACAUUUCACACCAAUUAAGCCAAUUUUUUCCCUGUCAAUCACCGUUCUUUCUAGUUCUAAACUUGCUAAUGAAAAAAUAUUAAUCUAGCUUGAAGUCCAUUCAAUGUAGAUAGCUUCUUCAUUUUGCGCAUUCAUUUCAUAAGGAAGUAGUUUAAAGGCAUUUCACACAGGAAAAAAAGCCUUAUAGCCACUUGAUCACCAGCGGUUUACCAAUCAAAUUAUACACAGAGAAAAACAUGCGAACACUUUUCGCCUUCCUGCAAAUCGGCGAAAUCCUGGAGCAGCGCACAGUGGUUUCACUCGAGCAGUUUCCAAUUCCUUUUAGACGCACGUGCUCUGAUCAAUUUGGCCUAAAUUAUUUUUGGAUUCGCUGUACUUAUGCAUGUCAAAGACCGUAGUUUAAAAGAGGAGACCCCCAUCAUUUCCUGUUUGCAAAAAAUAGAUGUGAUAAUCAUCCCAUCAAAAUGCGUCAACAGACGUUCAUUAAAAAGUCUCUUUCAUCAAUUAUCACCACAGCUAACGCGCUCAUGCCUGAAUUUCAAUGAGCUGAGAGUUAUUUUGUAGAACCGACCUUUAGUCUCAGGCGGCAGUUAUUACCCUUCAGCAGACAGGUAAACAGUCGCCUUUUUAAUCUUAUUUAUCUACAAAUAUCAAGAUGAAUCUAUCAUCGUAAAACAACUUAGUCACUGGUUUGCCACAAGCGCGUAUUUUUAGCCUGCUGCUACUUAAUCUAUUUGAAAUUGUUAUUUUCACGUUAGAUCCGCAAUUUAAGUUAUUAAGUUACAAUGAUAUCAUGCUGUAUAACUAGGUAGAGGUUGCGAUAAGACAAUUGUGUCUCAGCCAAUGGAGACAAUGUCUCGUGUCAUAUUUUUGAUAAGAUAAUGGUUACAAUUCCGGUAGACUUAUUUUGAUUACACAUUUUGAAAACUCCUAAGUUGAGAUAAUUUGGCACAGAGGCAAUAAUUUAACGUUAACUAUGUAGUCUACUUAAAGUCUUAAAGACAGAUUUAUUUUAGUUUCCGCAAAUUCAAUUACUGUCAAAAUGAAUGCAGAUGAUUGCAUCUUUCACGACCAAAGUGUUUUCGAUGGAAAGGCGGUACUAGGCAGAAGUUGCGGUGACUUAAGCAGAAGAUGCAGUAUCAAAAUGCGGCUGACUUCCUAUUCUUACUACCGUUUGAUGUUAGAUGCAAGUUUAAAAUAGUUAUCGCACACAUGUUUAAAAUUGUCUUGCAAUAAAUAGCUUUUAAUAGAAUUUAUUUAGGACGAAAUCAAGGUAGAUUUUAUAAAGCGCUAGUUUUUUUAAUAUUACUCUUAAUAUUUCAGACCAAAAUUCGACAAAGCUGUUCCUCGGUCGAGAAGUAAAAUAUUUUCCUUUAACAAUCACUCCGAAAUGUUAAGUCGCAAUAGGUGAGUUGGGUGGGUAAGUAUUCAGAGCAACUUUGGCCGCACUGCUGAAGAAUGUAUGGUCAAAUUGAGGGUAGGCUCGACUUGUGAUCUGUCACUCGUCCCAGACAACUUCUCCCGCGUAAUCAACUCCCCGUGCUGGGACGCUGGGCCGUAUAAAGUUAAUGGAACACGAUAGCAUCUGCUAAAAGAUUUGGAACUUAUGUGUCACUUUGCAUAAAUGAUUAAAAAUUUAAGGAUAUCUGCAGCUAUCAAGUCGUCUACAAAAAGGAAAAUUUUCAUUGAUAACAAUAAGAUCUUCUUGUUUAUGAAACUGUCUUUUUUAGAUAUAUAUAAAUCCUUUUUUAUCCCAAAAGUGGCAAUGAUUUCGAUUAUGGCGUCUUAAGCUUCACCUUUUUUCUGAUGUCUCCUCGUCCAUCGGUAUAAAUCAUCUUGGGAAUAAACUUCGCCUUAAAUUAACACGUAGUCCAUUUUUUACUCUUUCUGAAGGACUUGAGGCAAGAUGUGGUUUUUUCUCAACUACAGUAGCUACCUACUGCAUUUGCAACCAUUUUCAUGCAAACAAUAUCUUUUGAUUUUCAAAGAAUGCUAAAUAAUUCAUCGAAUUUUAGGGAGCUGCGCGUCAAACGUGCAUUAACUCUCUCUUUAAUCUGUUGGAAAUCAGAUUUUACGCACGAUGGUGACACUCCCCGCUGUACAUGAACAGAUUUCCAAAACCAUCGCGCAUUCAUCACCUUUUUUUGCUUCGCCUACUAACCAAGGCUUUAAUUUUGUAUAGAACAUCCGUCAUAAUGCUGCAUUUCAAUUUUUGACAUGGCAUUACGAUACUGAAAAUAGAAAGAACAUAAGUAUGAAUUUUCUCUACCUGUCUCCAGCAACCACGGUAUCUUUAAUCAAACAUAUACGCAUUCUCUUGAUUCUUAUACAUAAUUUUGAUCCAAAAACCGGUUUUAUUCUUGUAAACAAAAAAGUUGCAGAUUAUGCGCUUUAAGUUCUUUGAAUGGUUGCGCAAUUCCUGCUUGAGUAUUGAGCCAAAUAUUUUUCCGUGUUGUGAUUUGGAACAUUUUUUUUAACAGAUGGCAUAUUGUAUAAAGAAUCCCAGCUUGACGAAUCCCGAAGGGCGGGCCAGGUUUACCGGGAUCUCGGCUUUCUUAUCGAAUUGUAUUGAAACACAACUUGCUAUCAUUUGAUAUAUGGGCUAGCCGGGAAGCAUUGGUUCUGAUCUUCUUCAGCCAGGAUCCCGGAAAAGAGGUUUCAGCCUGCCUGACCAAGCUUUGAAUCGAUCAAUCAUUCACUAAAAUUUUUAAGCAAACACAAUAUGACCGCAAUUUAUCUAUAAAAGUUGGGCUGGAAAUAUUCGUAGGAUAAACCGAUUUCAUUUCAAAAUAAUUAGCGGCUUACCCGGAUUUAUAUGAUAAGGCUGUUGUCCAAAAGUUUGAUCCAAAAUAAAGUAAGUUAUCAUGAAAUAGUCGCUUGAUCGCUAAUUACUUAUGAAUAAACUAUCAAUGUAAAAUCGGCGAUGUCAGUGAUAUUCUCAAGGAAAUCUCGAUAAGCCUCGUCAAAAAUUUCAUGUGACUCUAUCAUUACCAUUGCUUACUAUUACAUUUCAAGCAACAACCCCUGACAAAGUGUUAGCUGUAAACAUUUGCUGUUUGUGGUAGAAACGAUUGACACCGCAUCCCUUUUUCCCCAAAAACAUAUUGAUUUAUCAUAAAUACACUCUUUUUUUUAUAAGAACAAUUUUAUAAGAACACGAGCCUCAAAACUGGUCAAAAGUUAAGACCAAAUUAAGAACAAGCUGAGGCUGAGCUUCUGCCAAAUGCAAUCUUGAACAACGUUUUUUCUCAAAAUCGAGGAUUUUUAGCGAUGUGUGGGUGCUUUUUCGGCGAAUAUUCAAAUUUGUCAGCAAAUUAAGGCUGUCUCACUCACUUUGUUGGCAAAUGAGGCCUGAACACCUCCUUAGAGCAAAAAGCUAGCAAUAGCACUGCUAACGCCCUCGUAAUUUAAGAACAAAUUAAGAACAAUUCAGCCUCAGAUUUUCGAAAAAAUUAAGAACAGUCAGCCUGAACUUAAAUUCACUGUUUCUUAUAAAAAAAAGAGUGUAAUGGAGUUAAAUAUCAUAAAUAUCAGAAAACUGAUGCAACAGAAAAUAUUUAGAAAUUUGGUGCACGUGUACGUUUAGCAGGGAUGGCAGCCAUAAACAUAUAUUUUGUUUUUCCAAAUAUAAAAACCCAGCAAGGAGUAAACACCUGCACAUUCAACAUAACACGUUGUUUUUCUAUUCGAAAGUAGAACUGUGAUAUUUUGUAGCUUGCAACAUGACCUGAAUUUACACGUGUGUGAUUUUCACGACAUCGACAGGCCUUUAAUGUGCUAAAGAACAUGUAACUGCAAUGAAAAACAAUUUUGCUUGUCGCCUUUCAUCGAAAUGCUAUCUUUAGCUCAAAUUGUAUUGACACCUAUUUUUAUUGAUGCAGUUAGUCAUUUUACAGUUAAAACUCUUUGGUUGGCUAAUAUCAAAAAUAGUAUAAACAUUAUUUGAUUUAAGGAUUGUUCGCAAAGGAAUUCAUUUGACCAAAACAUUUGAGCAAUACUUUAUUUUGGUGUUUGAUUGUAGGUUUUAGCAGUACCGUAAAAACGGAAAGAUUUAUUAGGGACACCAUUGCUGAGGACUAAAAGGGGCAAAAGAGAUUGUUCACUGGAAACCAGGAAUUUGCAUAAAUUUAGGGGGCUAUAGCAGCUAGCUACGACCGAUUUUUAAUAAUUUUAACUUUCAAGCGUUUGCUAUUUUCCUUCUUGUAAGAUCUUACCAUUUUGGUAGUUUGUUAUUGUGUAUAUUUUCUAGAGUAUAACUCAAUCGUUACUUGUGCUGUCUCCUGUUUAUCUCUCCCCACAUUUUAACGGUCCCAGUUAUAUAUGCCUUUAAUUUCGCACUUGCUUAAUUGAUAAAAUGUAUUUAGCUUUGGAAAUGUUUUCAAUUUUGGUUUGCUAACUUGUCUUUAUCUAUAUUAUCUAUCUAUUGAUAACUGUCCUUUGAUGAGCAUGAAACUGUGACAUCACAGCCGUUAAAUGAUUGGGGAGGCCUGUUGUAAAAACCUGAGAGCAUGGAUCUUGAAGAGACGAGACUGUUUUUCGCAAUAUAUACCUUGUAUCCAACUCAAAAACAGCAAUAACGCCAGUUGAGAUAUCAAGUGUAGACAUUUCGUUUUGUACUCGAUUUUGUAGUAAGAAAUACAUCACUAGUUACGUUGUGAUCAUUUAUCAUUCGUUUUGCUGCAUUCGACUCUUUCCUCUUUUUAGCGAUGCUGCAUGAAUGGCAAGAACAUUCUGUGUCACUUUUGAAUGGAACAAAAGACCUUUCAAGUUGCUGUUAGUGUUAGCAAAGGUUUGUAAUGGUAGUGGAGACUAGAAGCAAAGUGAGCCAAAAAUCGAAAAGAAUAACGAUGGGAUCAAGGGCUGUCAAAAAAGGGGGCUUUUGCGCAAAAUGUUGCUUAAGAAGAAUAGCAUAAUUAAAAAUAAUAGCAUAAGAAGACAUUUGGUAUUUAUUGGCGUUAGCAAUUGGGGCUCAGUCCCUAUGCCCCCCUAUCACUACAGCCUUGACCCAGGAUAGUACUUUUUGUUACCUUAUUUGAAGAAUUUAUGACCAAACUGUCAUAAAUCAAAUUUCUCAAAGUCAAGCUGAGGACAGACGGGAGAGCAUGCCCUCAAGAAGGGAAAGCAGGAGGAAUUUUUAAAAACGGGGGGGGGGAUUCCGGCAAAAACUGGGACGUUGCAAUCUCUUCAAUAUUAUAGCCAGGCUUUUCACCAACUAGCACUUUUUUCGGUGUAUUCUGUCUGUCUGGACAUAUUUUUAACAGGACACUUAUACCCACAGCUAUUCAAGAUUUAUUUAAUUUACACCAUAAUUGAUAAAUUUGCUUGACUAUGAGAAAGACUACGUAUUCGUAGAAUUGCUACCAAUCGAUGUUUGUAAUUUGGUAGACUAAAUACGCUAGUGACGCGCAUUUUCAAAAAUGAGAUUUUAUAAAUUCAGUCAGAUAACGAUAGAGAUCGGCAUUAUAAAGUUAUGCUUGAACUAACAAAAUUUAGGUAAUAACAGAUUAAGCACCUAUCUUUUUGAUUCAUUUUGUUUCAACAUCAAUACUCGUAUUGUUUGCCGAAUAUAAUUACUUGAUUUUUUUCAUAUUUUGCAGGUUUCGUGUGUAAUUCCAGAUAAGAUUUCACUAACAUCUCUAAAUUCGAAUGAUGAUUAAUGCUAAAUUAUGUAAGUAUUGCACUAUCACUGUUGGUGUGAUUGGUAAUGCAAUGGAACAUGUGUUACUGUUUCUCAAGUCCUUCAAAAAUAUCUUUAAUGAAACAGUGACAACAAGCUAUGUCAAAAUUGAUUAGCUUUUUCACGAUAUUUACAAAUCUAGCUCAAUUUUUUCCCCAUAAUUAGUUGCUAUGUUGAAGGCAUUAAAAUAGCAUUGAAUCUCAUCUUCCAAAGAGAUGAAAGCUAAUAGGAGCACACCAAAAAUGGUAUAUAGAGACUUGCAAUACUUAAAUGCUCGAACAAACAGCUACAAAGUAUGAGGCCAGGUAAAAGUUUUACGUAAAAAUGGUAUAGCCGUAUGUAAUUGCCUUGUAGCAAUUUGCAGCUGUUUGACUGAUAGUUAUUUAGAACAUGUACAAGUUUAAGACUGACGUUCUUAAGUUCACAUGUCUAAAAUUCAGGCUAUUUACAGCAAGUGUCCGUUUAAGGACACCAACUAAUAAAGAUUAAUUUCCAAAAAACAGACAUGCAUUCGACAAAAAUAGCCCCAUGUAAUUAAUACGGCCUAAAACCAAACAAUUAAAUUGUCGUCGAUGAGAAACCCCUUUUGCUGAUAAGGUUGAACACAUUGCCCUUGCUACCCCUGCCGUUCCUCUCCAACCCGUAAGAUUUAUAAAAACGAUAAUUGUUUACCUUUGAUUUAUUUUCUGUUUAUCUCUAAUAUUGCUAUGUAGUUUAUGUUCUUCAACGUUUCUAUCGUGUCCUUCAAGAAAGAAACGUUUAGAAUUUCACCUUUCAUGGGAAAAGUUGAAGGUAAAAGACACAGGGGAAUGCAAAGAAUAACACUCAUGGAUUGUUUGAAGUUGCUGACCAAUAAGAAAAACGCUGGGACUUCAAUUCAAAAAGGCAGGGGAAGGCAAAGAAAAACCUUUUUGGAUUGUUUGAAGCUGCUGACAAAAAGGAAGAACGCUUGGACUUUAAUUCGAAAAGCUGAUGACAGCAAAAACUGGAAGUCACUGAUCGUCAACGUCUGUAAUCAAAUACGUCAUAACAGUUGAAUCGAAUCGUGUCCUUCAGCGGCUAAUUGCUUAUUUUACACCUUUUUGCAUAUAGGAGAUGAAGAAAUUAGACGCAGCAAACACGGAAGUUAGUAUCUUUAGUCUUGUUACAGAAGAAACUGUUACUCUAAAACUCAUUGUGCAUUUGUUUACUUUAUAAGCUCAAAUUUCCGCAUGAAAGAUUCACUAAGUUUCGUCUGCAGUGUUUUGAAGUCAAUAGCGUUUUGAAGUACGGCCGAAACCAUUUAUUUUUUAACUCAAAACCGCCCGAUCCUAUAGAUAGAAACUGAUGAUUGCGCUUAAAUAACAUGCUUACAAUAAUUUGAAUCUAUUUCAGUCUUUAAAUCCUUUUUGGAGCUUUGUUUUCGUGGGAAAGCAUAUUUUGUCAUAUUGGAUUAAAUAAGUUGAAGAACUAAGCAGUUAAUUAAUUAUUGUGCGCUUUUGCUUAAAUACAAAACUUAUUUUUUAAAUUCCUCUAUUGUUUUGGGCCUGUGCGCUUUCCUUGAUUUGCAGUUCAUCUCAGGGCUAAUAGUUGAUCGCAUAAUAUCAUUGUAUUAAACAUUGAGCAGCUUUUUUAUCUGUGUAGCGAAUACUGAAUCAUUUGAUAUUCGGUGACAGUUUUGGUUGUAACUAAACGAGGCCAGCUGAACCAAAAAUUUAGAGUUUUUUUUUCGAACACAGGUGAAUUCUUGGCUAACUGCACAAUCGAUAUUUGCAUGGCCUGAAUUAUUCAUGACGCAUAUUUCUGAAUUGACCAAUCUCGUUGCAGUCAGCUGCACUGCAUCCGUCACCUACAGAUGAUCGAACUUGCUCAGAAAGCGGGCAGUAGCAGGAGAGCUGUAUCAGGAACGGCUGCAUACGAGACUUGUCUUCUGAGGUGACCAUUGCUACAACUUUAAAGACACAGUUUGCCGGCAAAUGUGCCAACAAGGCACUAACUGCGGUACAAGAAGGCUCCAUAGAAGUAUCCAAAUCUAUCCAAUUGUUUCUUAAUGGAAGGUUUCUUCUUUUAAAGCUUUUCCGGAAGCUUUGUGCAAUAUUGAUGGUGAUAUCUUGGCGAAACUGUAUGUUUUCAGAAGAAUACUAUGGUAGCCGGAACAGACGAGGUCAUUUGAGCUUCACUGGACCCAGUUCCAACGCCAAAUAGAAUAAAUUGAUGGCUGAGUAGACUUGCGGAUCACAUUGGCCGGUAUCUGAAAGAACGCCGCUGGUCUGUCCAGUUUCAGUAAUCCCUCAACGAACAUUGCUGACUCAAAAUAGCUUCUGGGCAGAAUUAAUUAUCUGGUAUUAAUUUUUCAUAAAAAAUGAGAGGCAUGAGUUUUAUCAGAUAAGUGAUACUGCACGAAUGGAACAAACAUCCUACACGCAUUACACAUUUUCUUCUGAAAGGGAUUAACAGUGCCUCAAAAUAUUGUAAGCGAUAUGUUAAGGGUACUGUCGGCAUUGCAAUCGCCUGUGUAAUUAAGAAGAAUUUUGUCGUCAUUGUUCAUCACUUUUGCGUAGUCUGUAUGCAAAAUGCUUGCUCUUUAAUUUGAUUAUUCAAUAGAGCUGUAGUUUGAAUAAUGUUCUUCAGCAACAGUAAUUUCAAGGAUUAAUGCAAGGCAGCUGCCGAUAAAAGGGGGUGUGGAUGAAAUGCAGUAGUCCUUGAACUUGAUGAGGUGCUGGAAGGUCCAAAACAAAUAUCAGAGUAGCCAAGAUACAUACACCGGAUCAAUGCGAUGUGAUUGCAAAAAUGGGAGCAUUACUUUUUCAAACCUGUUGAGUACGGUUAUAAAUCAAAUACAAACGAUGUAAGUACAAUUUUAGUAAUCUUACUGCUUUGUUGUAUCUGCAAAUAGCGAAAACAGGUGAUUUGCGCAACGAAGGCCGUUUGUCCAAAUACAGAGCCAACUUGUGCUAAAAAGCAGAGAUUUUAAAGAUUGGCAAAGAUAAUUCUCCUUGACUGCUUCUCACAGCCUGCACGGAAGGAGAGCGCAGCAUUCUUGUCGCUCUGAACUAAUAUUUAUCUCUCAACUGGGCAAACUCCUGCGCGAAGAAACUGGAGGCAGUGCGAACUGAAGACCGUUUGGUCAUGAUAUAAACCGCCUAGAAUCUGACUGCAAAGUUGUUGACAAAAUUGUCUUCAAUCGUGACAAAUCUUCUUUUAGAUUUUUGUAUUACUCGGUUAUUUAUCAAUUCCAUUUAGCGCAACAAGAAGAUUCGACAGCUAUAACAAGCUAGAUUGCGGACGAAAUACUGCUUAUUUAGAUGAUAACUUUCGCAAAGCUGCUCAUGUUGUGCUAAGACAACUGAAAUGUCAAUAUCGGAAAGCAGCAAAUCAUGAAAGUGUUGACUUCUUCUAUGUCGUCAUUAUUUGCGAGACGGUAAGGAAGACAGGUACGAGUGAAGGUGGGAUCAAAAACAUCAUAAUAACACAUCUGCCUUGUGAAGCCACGGUUCUUAGCCUGCAAAUCAAAUUAAUUUGCAUUUCCCUACGAACUGGAGGACAAAGUGGAGAAUCAGAACAGUUACCGAUGAGGAUAAAUGUGUGGAAAAAACUGUGAAACAGAUUCUUCAAAACUGUGACCCGCAUUAAUAUUUUAGCAGAAUAUUCUUUUGUCGGCGCAUAAAACUUAUAAUAUGCAUUAAACACGUCGCUAUUUGCUGUUUCAAUGUUAUUCUUUUCAAAACUGACAUGCUGUUUGCUAGAUUUAAAGAAACGAUCGAGAUCUCAACGUUUUCUGCCUAAGAGAUUUUUGUAGGCAUCGGGCAUUUCUGUGGUGACUAUUGUUAUUGUGGAAAAUGGCCGGAACAGAGACGUCGGACCUCCAGGAUAGCAUCUCACAAGCUGAUUUAUCAAGCAUGGUGAUGAACCUGAAUAGCACAUUACAUAAAUGGAGCAAUACCACUGCUGCCUGGAAUAAUUCAGAUCUUAUCGGAUUGAUUUCGAGUGGCAUUAUCAACAAUACAAUGUCAUUGACCAACAACACGAUUCCAAGGCGAAGGGGCUUGACAUUUGACCCUGAAUAUCACGUAACAUGGCUGUGUUUUGCUUGUGGGAUAAUACUUGCAAAUACGUUGGUUUUCUUCGUUUUUAAGUCCGACAAGAAACUGCUGAAGAGGACGCCGGCUAACAAUUUGCUGUUAAGCCUGGCUGUAAAUGAUUUCCUUACAGGCAUUGCUAGUCUGCUUCAGGUGCUACCUUACUUGAAACAACAGGUUUUCCUCUACGGAGGGCUCAUGAGACAGUACAACAUAGGCCUAGACGUAUCCAUUACCAUACUGUCAGUUAACAGUGUGAUUCAUCUUUGUUUGCUGGCAGCAGAGCGCUAUCUUUCGAUAUUCUACGCUCUUCAAUUUAAAGGUUUGGUUACAACACGUAGAGUUCGUUAUUUCAUAAUCUCAGCUUGGUCAAUAUCAUGCAUCAUAGCCGUCGUUCAGUUUAUUUGGAUUUGGAGCAAAAAUCACAAAAUCCUGUUUUACUACACUGUUAUAAUCACAGUAACUUUUGCUUUCGCUCCCCUCAUUCUACUUGCAGUUGCCUACGUCAGAAUGUUUCUAAUGUGCAAGAAACUGAUUCGUGAAGCACCUGACAAUCUGCUGGCAAGAAGAAACACAGUCAACAAAGAAUUGAAGAUCCUUUUCAUGUAUUUCAUGAUGUAUCUCGUAUUCAUCGUGUUAUGUGUGCCUUUCUUCAGUAUACGGCUCGCGUUGGAUCUGAAAAUGAUGAUCGGACUGAAAAUGGUGCUUGAUGUUCCCAACCAAGUAAUCGAAACGUUUGUCCUAGCACGUUAUCUUGCUUCCGGUGUUAACCCGUUCAUCUACACCCUGUAUAAGCAAGACUUCAGGCGUACUGUCAGAGCUUCUUUCCUCUUUACGUUCUUUUGCAAGCAUUGCCACGACACUGCUCAAGUACCAAAUGGAGAAGGAAAUGAAACAUGCACCAAGGAGAUCUUCGCCUCGUUUGGAACGCAUCUGACAACGCUAAAGAAGGCUGGCUCCGAAACUGGCCUAGUUGAUAUGGCGCCACAGACUAAACCAUUUCUGGCUAAGAAAGACCACGUUUCAACUAAUGGAAACCAUAGGCUAACAGUCCACCAAUCCACAAGGCUAUGAUUUAGCUGAACCUAUGGAUUACUCACUGUAUUUACGAUGUCGUGUUUUAAUCUAAAAAAUAUAAAAAGAUAAUGCCUAAAAUAAACUAACCAAUUAGGAUGAUGUUACUGGGUAAUCAUCACUUUUAUGGGCAACGGAGCUGAUUUCGUCCAACGGCCUAUGACAAAACUUUCAGAAAUGACAAUAUAAUAACUUGAAAUUUAAAUUCAAAGCUCACUCUGUAAGAUCAGCUGGGUAUUGAUUUGAUGAGCCAACUGUUGAUCAACUUAUUGACAUCAAUGUUCAAACAAUAAAGAAUUGUUUGAUUGAUCUAUACGGUUGGAACGAUGACAUCACUAUGAAUGAUCAUUUUCAGUCCUUCGAAGAUGCAUUCAAUAUUUGAUCAAACAGGAACUGUGAAAGACAUUGCGUUCGGAGAUAAAUUGUUUCUCUGCGUUGUGAGAUAAGCCGUUUCUCUGUUGCCUAAAUUAAUUGCGAACAUUACUGCUUCAGUAAAUGUCUCCGGCUAAUCGGACAUCCAUUUCCAUAGUAAAGUUAUGCCACCAUUACAGAGAAACAUUAAAAUAACGCGACUGCUAAAUCAUGGUGGGAAUCUUAGUUCAGCCACAACAUCUGUUCCUAUUUGUAUUUAACUUAUCUUAUUGACAAUUUUUCCGUCAAGUUAGCUAGGUUUUGUAUCGUAAAAUACGAAAUUUACUUUCACGGCGUUUCAUAAUCUAUGGUAGUUUUAGGGUAAUUAAUCUUAUCUUAAUAACAAAAACUUGUCUUGUAUUUAAAAUGUAUUAAACGGGCUCUGGAUUUUUUGCUGUUUCAAGCAACGUUUGAGUAUUUCAUUUUUAAUGCUAGGCCAACAAAAAUGGUUGUAAUUUGAAUGUUAAACAUUCUGUUGAUUGUACAUAUAAAAUAUUUACUUGUAAUAUUGCUGGGCUCAACGUUAAUUAGUUAAACCUGCAGAACAAGAACUGCAGACUAAGAACAUACAGGCCGAAGUUUUGGGAAUAAAGAGUCUUCUAUAUAAGCACCAUAAUGAUGAAGUAUGAGUCAUUUCAGACUGUUUAAAAAAAUCAUAGCGGGCUUGAUGUAGUUAUGCUACUUCUACUAUUUAAGGUCGCGUUGUAUGUUGAAUGCAGUGAUGCAUUUUCUCGCUGAAUUUCGGUGGUCACUUGAAUUCUCAUUGCUUGCAUUAAUCAACGGGCUAUUGUUUAUGUUCUAAUCGGCAACGUGGCACUUAUUCUUCAAAGUUUCUCAACUUUUAGAAAUUUUGGCGGUACAAAAUUGGCAAAUAGCUUUGAAAAAUCAAACACUUUACAAUAUACUUUAAGCUUUUUCUUCUGGCAGUCCUUGGAGUAUGAACCGUUAGAAUAAGUAUCCGAAAGUACAAAAUGCAAAAGAUGUACCCAGCUGUGUUUUCGGACCCAGUUAUGAAAGUAUACAUUCAUUAUAUUUUUCAUCUUGUGCGUUCAGACCCUUAUUCAGUGUGUCUGGCAAAAAAGCUUUUAGGAUGUUGUAAAAUGUUUGCUUAUUUAAAAGCCAUUCUCUACAGUAAAUGUGCACAAAAGCUAUUGUUUGUGUACAUAGUUGACUAACGAGACAUAGUGAGCUACACGCCGAUUUAUACGUUGCCUAAUGUCAGAACGGCAUUGCUAAGUAAGAGAAACAAACAGUGAAGUCCAGACCAUCAAUCAUCAUAUGCAUUGACGUUUAUACAGCUUGUGAUUUCAUCAAAGCACAAAUGGUCAUUGUGAUUAUAGAACACACCUCGUAGAUUUCCUUAAUCCUAAUCCAAGACCAAAAGAGAAAUAGUGUUUGGCGUUUGGGCUCAUUUACAAAGCUGGAAAUUUGCUUUAAGCCGCUCUAUCAUGUUUGCAUAAACCCAAACAAAGACUGGAAUGUUUUUCAGAUGGAAAGGCAUUAUGCACGCUGUUUGUUUAAGGAGAAUUUCUCAUCUGGAUAGAGGUUGUUACUUAUAAACACCAUAUGUUUAUUGUAAGCUAAGAUUUCCAUUUGAAAUAGAAAUAUGGAGGAGCACAAAUUCCCUUAAAUAGUCCCGAUCUUCUGCAGAUUUGGGAAAUAAAAUGUAAACUAACUUGAUUUUCACAUUUUUAAAAAAAUCAAGAAUUGACGUAAGAGGUUUGGCGCCAUUUUCCCUAAGACAGUAAUUUAGGGAUUCAAAAGUGAAGCAUUCAUGGACUUAUAACUAAUCUAGUCGCAUCCUUAUUAUCAAAAUAAUCUUUAAGGGGUUAGCUUUCAGGGUAGGAACGAAGGUUCUUGGCUUUAAUUAAGAAAUUUUUGGCUAGGCAAAUCCCUCCAUUUUAAGUGGAGGUAGCCUGUAUUGACUGAAAAACUAAUGAAACUGUAGAUAAUCGACUGAUCUGCAAGAUAAUUCCAGGUUAAAGCUCGUCUGUGGUUUUAGCGCUGCCUUUAGCUAGGCCUAGCUGUAGCUUGCAGCAUUUUAAUCUACCAUGACAACUGUGCUUUGAUGCCGCAUAGAUCGUGGCAAAAUAUUCUAUCUUGAUCAAGGUCAUAAAUUUAGUCGUGUCUACAAUGUGAGGACCCAGUGGCUUUCGAAAAUCUUGCUCAAUAGCUAUCAAUCGGUUAUUGAGAAUCCUAAUGUUCUAUCUUCCAUGAUUCGUUGCGAUCUGAAGAGAGGUUGCAUCAGGUGAUUCAGUGAACAUGCUGAUAACAUGAACGAAAAAACAAAACUUGAAUGGAUUGUAAGCAAACCAAAAUUGACUAGAACAUCAUUUGCUUUUCUGACCAAAUAACAUACUUGGUUAUUAAAUAUGUUCUGUCAUGUUGUAAUGUACAGUUAAAAUCUUUAAUGAUUAGAUAAAAACCAUCACGAUCAGUGGGUUUAUUGCCUGCACAUCUCGGAAACCUUCCGUCAAAUUUUUCAAACCUUGCCAAACCUCGCACAACUGCGCCCAACCUCGCCCAACCUCGCCCUACCUCGUCCUAUAUUGCUGGAAACCUUUUCUACAUUGCUGGAAUUUUCCAUGUAACGAGGAUUCAUUUCACAGUUGCCAUUUUAACGCGAUACACCCAAAGAGGGUGAUGGGAAUUUUCAUUGACCGGGAAAAUCAAGAUUUUUAGGGACACAUCAAUUUUAAUGCCGAUUGUCAUCAUUUAUAAUAUGUUGGAAAUGAAUGUCGCGGAGGCCGCUUGGGGCCUUACUUCACUUGCUUUUUCCCAAAUCUGAUGUAACAAAUGAUGAAAGCUUUAAAAAAGACAAAUCCAAGAGGCCCAUAUGAAAUUUUUUAAGGGGCCUAUUGGGAAAUUUCCCGAAUCCCGGUGGGCGACCAAGCCCCUGAUACAUGCUAACUGUACAUUUUAAAGGACCUAUUAGUCUUUUCCACGUGUGCUUAUCUUCAGAGCGGAGCUGAUAUGCAUAAACACUAACCAGUCGCUCGGAUUGAUUCAGGCCGCAACAUCUGAUACAUUAAUAACUCAUAAGCAUACAUUCAAUUUUUUGUGCCGUAGGAGUCCAUGCAUACCUCCUAACAAUUCCAACCUCUUUAACUUGAAGAUACAUCUAAGAAUGUUUCAUAAACCUGUUUAUUCAAGACGAUGUCUUAAUAAGUAAAGUGCAACAUUUAAGCAAAGUAAAUACAUUUUAAGAAUUUUCUGUAUUCAGAUGUGGUGAGCCGUUUUUUCGGGCUCUCAACUUGUAAAGUUAGCUGUCACUUCCUCCUUACGAAGCACUAGAUAUCUCUGGUCUUUGGCAAUUGCGAAUUGCGAUCAGUCAUCGGUUAAUCAAAUCAUUAUAAUCAACCGAAUCAUUGCUCGAUUGCUGAAAUCAAUCACGCCAGUACAUUUUUUCUUGAUCGUCGAUUGCAUAUCAUAACCAGUCAAGAGAAUAACGCACGUAGAUCGUGCACCGAUCAUGUACAGUGUAUAUUACGUUUUAUAUAAUAGCUAGUGAUAGUUAGUGAUUCAACUUAUUAUGUUUUUCGAUUUAGUUAUCUAACAGAUUGUAAAUAAAGGUAAUGGUGUAUCUGAGAAUUAAAACUCUUGUGGGAAUAAA